AUGCCACGACUGAUCCCCCAGUCGGUGUACCGCCUAGCUGCGAAACACUCUCCUCUCCUUCCGUAUUUUAUCCCUGCCUGUCACAAUCUUGCCGCGGCCAAACAGGAGCUCCACUGGGUGAAGCAAGAGCUUCCUGAGACCCAAUGGCUUGAUGCGGCGAGGCUACGCAAACAGCACUAUCCACUACAAUACAUCCUCGGCACCCAGCCGUUCGGCGAGUUAGACAUCAGGUGCAAACCGGGGGUGCUUAUUCCACGAUGGGAGACCGAAGAGUGGGUUUUGCAACUAGCGAGGGUGCUAUCACCGAUAGUCGAGAGCAAACAGAACUACGGAAUACUUGACUUGUGCACAGGAACAGGCUGCAUUCCCCUCUUGCUUCAACACGAAUUGGGAAGCACUAUCAAGCAGAGUAAACCGCAAAACGUGAGAACGAUAGGGGUGGAUAUAUCUCCCUUGGCCGUGGAACUAGCGCGAAAAAAUAGCCAAACGACGGUGCUACCAACGCAGUUCGUCCAGGGUGACGUUUUUGAACCGCAAACAGUGAUGGCUUCCAUGCAUGAAAUGGACUUUAGACCCGACUUUAUCACCGCCAACCCUCCUUAUAUCCCGCGAAAACAGUUUGAAGCAUCACGGUUUGAAAAGUCGGUGAAACAGCACGAACCUGAGCUUGCGUUGGUGGGCGAUUCAGAGUUUUACAGGACGUUAGUGGAGAAGUGGAUCAAUCCAAUGCGGGUCCAGGGGUUUGUGUUUGAGUUGGGUGAGGUGCAUCAGUGUGAAUACACCCGGGAUUUACUAGGGAAUGACUGGGACUGUGGUAUUUUGUACGAUUCGAACAGCCAGGUGAGAUGUGUGGUGGGUUGGGUUAAGGGUGGAGAGUACGAGACGUUGCGUGGUCUCUGCCAGAAGGUGUAUUAG